UGCAUUCCCUCCAACUCGAUCACAUCUUCUUCCCCUCUUUCCUAGAGAGAGAAUCAACUUACGAAUGACUCUUAAUUGGGAUUUCAUGGCGAUUUCUAGUUCCUCAAAGCAUGCUGUAGUUAUCUUUGUCGCUGUAAUACUGUUGAGCAAUAGAGCAAACUGUGAUGAUUCUCUACAUGCCAACAAGGGGAACACCUGCCUAGAGAGUGAAAGGAGAGCUUUGAUUGCCAUCAAGAGCGAUAUGUAUGAUCCUGGCGAGUGGUUAUCUUCAUGGACAGGCUAUGAUUGCUGCAAGUGGAGAGGAGUUGCUUGCGACAAUGGUACUGGUUAUGUCACUAGGCUUGACCUUCACUAUUCCGAUGAAUAUAAUCCAAGGGGGGAGAGUAUCGGUGCGAGUAAGGUAAAUCCUUCUCUACUCGAACUGAAGCAUUUGAAAUACUUGGAUUUGAGCUUCAAUAACUUCGCAUAUGCGCAUGUGCCCCACAUGAUUGCUCCACCAAAUUAAUUUGAUUCCUACUCUACAAGUGUUGCUUUUGGGGGAUGCAGUUCUCCCAAAUGUUCCACCUUCUUUACCCACAUUUAACCUCACAUCCCUCACCAUGCUCGACCUCCAACAGUAUGAAUGGAACAUCAGCGCUUCCAUGUUGAGGUGGUUGUCUCAUGCCAGUAAUCUUGAACACCUCGAUCUAUCUAGAUGCUGGAGGGUGUCUGAUGCCGAGGCACUUUCAAUUGCUUUGGGAUCUCUGCAUAAUUUGAGGAAGCUAUUUUUGGUCGAUACUCAAAUAGCAGGAGAACUUUCUACAAUUCUGAAGAAUGUUAGCAGAAUGUUGCAAUAUUUAGAUUUGCGACGGAAUUUCUUAUUAUCUGGAGAAAUUUCAACAAUUUUGUCGAUCCUUCCGCACCGACUGGAGUUCUUAGCUUUAGACAGUAAUAAAAUCUAUGGGAGAAUCCCAGAGAUGUUAGGGAAUUACACAAGCUUGAGACACUUGAGUAUGUUCCACACUCAAGUAACUGGAGGUAUUCCGAGAACAAUAGGGAAACUUAUCCAUUUGGAGUAUCUUGAUUUGUCUGGAAAUGAUAUAACAGGAGAGAUGCCAUUGAACGUAGGAAACCUUACAAACUUGGAAGAGCUAAAUUUGAUCGAAACCAGCAUCACAGGAUUGAUACCAGAGAGUCUUGGUAAUGUUAUUUCCUUGAAAUAUUUGAAUUUGUUUGGAAAUAAGAUUACUGGAGAAAUACCAAAAACUUUGGGGAGUCUUCAAAAUAUGCUAAUAUUAGAUUUAAAUGGCAACUUUCUCAUCGGGCAAAUACCAAUAACAAUUGGCAAAAUUUUCAACCUGCGUUAUUUGGAUGUAUCAGAGAACAACUUAACUGGAGAAAUACCAAAGACAUUUGGGCGGCUAUGCAACCUAAGAGUGCUAUGUUUGUCAUCAAACAAUAUUAAUGGAGAGUUAACAGAUGUACUUGAUGGCUUAUCCAAUUGCUCGCAAGGAGCGAUGCUAUCACACUUAUUCAUUGCUGACAAUGAUUUGAGUGGAAUUAUUCCUUCCAACCUUGGACUGUUAGCUCAAUUAGAGGGACUGGACCUCUCCUCAAAUUCUCUACUAGGUAACAUGACUGAAGCUCAUUUUUCUCGGCUUACAAGAUUGGAGUACUUGAAUAUAUCUUUUAACUCCUUGAAUGUCAUUUUUCCAAAUGAUUGGCAUCCCCCUUUUCAUGUUGAUGAAAUUGAUAUGAGUUCCUGUCAUUUGGGAGGUACCUUUCCUUCAUGGAUCCAAUCCCAAAUGUUUUUGAAUUCACUGUAUCUUUCUGGAGUAGGACUCUCAGGAACAAUUCCACUCUGGUUCUCAAACUUCAUUCCAAACACUAGUCUUGAAUAUCUUGACUUAAGUUCAAAUAAUUUGACUGGUCUAAUACCUUCUACUCUUUCUCCAUUUACUGAUCUUUCAAACAACUCAUUUGAAGGGCCAAUUCCAACGAACUUAGCGAUUACAGACUCUGCUCAAAUUUUAGUGUUGUCUAAUAACCAUAUAAAUGGUAGUUUUCCACCCUUCUUGUGUAAUUUAACUUCCAUAUUUUUCAUUGAUUUGUCUAACAAUCACUUAUCUGGUACAUUCCCACAUUAUCAAAACUCAUUUCCUCAUGCAUUAGAGUAUCUACAUUUGAACAAUAAUAGUAUCUUAGGACAAUUUCCUUCUUUCCUAAAAAAAUAUAAAUUGUUAAUCACUCUUGAUCUCGGUGAAAAUAAAUUAUCGGGCAAAAUACCAACAUGGGUUGCAUAUCUCACUUCUCUACAAAUUUUGCGUUUGAGUUCAAACUCUUUCGCCGGUGUCAUCCCAGUAAAUAUAGGAUACCUAGCUUCACUUAAGGUCUUGGAUCUUUCUUUCAAUAAAUUAUUUGGUAAAAUACCUUUAUCUGUAGGACAUUUCAGGGCUAUGUUUCAAGAUUAUACCAUUUCUAACCCAUGCCAUGAUAAUAAUCUUCAAUGUGCAACGACAAAUAUGGGCUCUUAUAUACCAAAGGAUAAGAUCCUAAUAACGGCCAAAGGAUCAACCAAUGAAUACAUUAGAAUUCUCUCCCUCGUGACUAGCAUAGAUCUAUCUCACAAUAAUCUUUCUGGUGAAAUCCCAAAUGAGAUGAUGAUGCUCCGUGGUCUACACUUCCUGAGCUUGUCCAACAACCACUUGACUGGUAUAAUUCCUGAAAACAUUGCCGUCUUGACAGAGUUAUUUUCUCUUGACUUGUCAAUGAACAAUCUCACCGGCACAAUUCCCUCCAACUUAUCUGCUCUAAACUUUCUCAGACACUUGAAUCUCUCUUUCAACAACUUGUCGGGACAAAUCCCAACAGGGAAUCAAUUUUUAACCUUCAAUGACCCUUCAAUAUACGCCGGCAACAAAGACCUUUGUGGUUGGCCACUACCCAAGUGUCCUAGUAAUAGAGCCCAGCAAGGUCGACUUCAUGCAAGAGAUAAUGAUGAUGCUGGUAAUGGCGGCAAGCUUGAAAAAGUUUUGGAUUAUGCCUUCAUUGCUAUGGGGUUUAUAAUCGGAUUUUGGGCAUAUUGGGGCACAAUGAUCAUGAAAAUGUCCAUCAGAAUUGCUCUCUUCCAGAUGGUGGACAGGAUUUACGACUGGAGCUACGUGCAACUCGCACUGAAGUUUGGAAGGUGAAGACAAAGGGGCAAAGAUGAAAUUGAUAGCCUUAUAAUUUGCUGAUUGUACUUUCCCAUCAAAGAUAAACUCUCCAGCUUGUAUGUUGCUCUACUAGCUAGAAUAUGAAUAAUAGUGUUAUUUCUGUUGUC